ACCUUUUGCAAAAUUAAGCUUCAAAGAUCACGGCUGCCCUUUGUACUAUCUUCCUCUAUAAAUUUCAAUUCUUUCCUCUUCGCUCUUCACGCAAUUAAAAAGACAAAGAAAACCGUACGUAACACAAACGAGAGAGAUAUCAAUGGCAGACAUAUGCACUGAUCCUGGGAAAAGAUCAUGGCCGGAGCUAGUCGGAAUCAAAGGAGAAGUGGCGGUGGAAAUCAUCGUCCAAGAAAACCCUAAAGUUGGUGCUACGAUAGUGAAGGAAGGAAUGAUGGUGACAAUGGAUUUCCGUUGCGACAGGGUUCGUGUUUGGGUCGAUAAGUACGGAAUUGUCAAGGACGUUCCUCAUAUUGGUUAGCCAAGUUCAGAGAUUAUGUACUAUAUUAAUCUUAACGUAUAAAAAGGUUUCCUAUAAAUCUUGUAAUAAAUAUAAAAUACGUAUUGUCAAUAAAAUUGAAUGUUUAUGUGGAUAAGAUGAAUAAUAAAUGGCUUCAUUCUCUUUCUAAA